CGCGUAUUUAGAAAGAGCACACAACAUAAAACAAGCGCAGAGCUCUGAACUCACAGCUUGUCAACUUGCAAAGAGCGUUUUUGGGGAUAGAAGAAAGGAGUUUUUGCUUGCUGCUCAGCUAUUUUUUGCCACUGAAAUCGUCUUUAUUUUUCAAGGCUCAGAGGCUACCUUGCUUUGCUGUUUAUUUAUUGUUUUGAAAGAUAAGAACUAGAACUUCAAAACUGAAAGAUGCCUGCAAACACUGUGUCAGUGCGGCGGCGCUCCGAGCUUGGGCGCUGGCCCACGGUGAGUCUGGGGGGGAUCGGCGAGGAGGAUGAGGAGCCCGCCGCUGGGGACUCGCAGGUCGGGACGAAGAGGCAGGAGAGUCGCUGCAUGAGCUGGAUGAGGAGAGUUUGCCCCUGCGUGUGCAGUCAGAGCGCUGACGACACGACCGACAACAACGGCUCCACGGCAACCAAGGAGGACGACGACAAGCACAGUGUUGCACUGUCAGAUCUGAUAUUAUCGGUAAAGAGCGUUGAUUUGCUACAAUCUCGGUCUGGAAUUAACCGGAAGGAGCAUCACACAGACGAAUUUGAAUACGAUUACCUAAUCCUGCGCCGUGGCCAAUCGUUUGUCAUGGAAAUUGAGUUCUCGCGACCUUUCAACCCUGACACUGACACCAUGCACUUGGAACUACAGAUUGGUCCACUGCCACAGGUGUCAAAGGGCACACAUGUCAUCAUUCCAUUGGUCGAGGAGCUGGAAGACAACCGAUGGGAAGCCAAAAUUGUGCAGAGGGUGGGGUCUAAGAUUAAACUGUCUGUCAGCUCUCCGGUGACAGCUGUGAUUGGCCGGUACAAGUUUGCUGUGGCCACUCACAGCCCGGGGGGAGACUUCAAGAUGGAACACAACCCCAAGAACGACAUCACCUUUCUGUUCAACCCCUGGUGCGAAAAUGACACAGUGUUUAUGGAUAAUGAGAAAUUCUUAAAGGAAUAUGUCCUAAAUGAGACCGGGAAAAUUUACUACGGGACUGAAAAACAGAUCGGAGCUCGAACCUGGAACUUUGGACAGUUUGAUGCCGGUGUUCUAGAGGCCUGCCUCUUUAUUCUGGAUCGGAGUGGGAUGCCUCACGCUGGAAGGGGGGACCCAGUCAAUGUGGUUCGAGUCAUCUCUGCCUUGGUGAACUCAGUGGAUGAUGAUGGAGUCCUGGUUGGGAACUGGUCAGGUGAUUACUCGUUGGGCACAGCUCCCACAGCCUGGUCCGGCAGUGUGGACAUCCUGACCCAGUACCAUCGCAAGGGGGGCGAGCCGGUCGCAUACGGGCAGUGCUGGGUCUUCUCAGGAGUCACCACCACUGUGCUGCGUUGUUUAGGGAUCCCCACGCGCAGCGUCACCAAUUUCUGCUCGGCUCACGACACGGACGUGUCUCUCACCAUGGACGUCUACUUCAAUGAGAAGAUGGAGCCCCUGGAGGAGCUCAACCUGGACUCCAUCUGGAACUUCCAUGUGUGGAAUGACUGUUGGAUGGCUCGACCAGACCUGCCCCCGGGGAUGGGGGGCUGGCAGGCAGUGGACGCGACGCCCCAGGAGACGAGCCAGGGGACCUUCUGCUGCGGCCCCUCCUCCAUCGUGGCAAUCCGUAACGGACUGGUGUAUUACACCCACGACACACCCUUCAUAUUCGCAGAGGUAAACAGUGAUAAGAUCUACUGGCAGCGGCAGACGGAUGGCUCCUUCACCAAGGUGUUCACUGAGAAGAAGGCAGUGGGGCACUACAUCAGCACCAAGGCAGUGGGGUCUGAGGAGAGGGAGGACAUCACUGACUUGUACAAGCACCCCGAGGGCAGCGAGGAAGAGCGCAUUGCCGUGGAGACGGCCUGUCGCUACGGCACCAAGCCUGAUGUGUACUCGAUCCGCCAGGUGGCGGACGUCAGCGUGGAGGUCAGCACUGAUGGGGCGGAGCUACAGAUGGGCCAAGACGCCUCAAUCCGAAUCACCUUGAGGAACAAGAGCCAAUCCGCACGCAGCGUGGUGCUGCACGGCCAGAUCGCAGUCAUGUACUACACUGGGGUUAUCAAGGCAACCGUCAAGAAGGACACCAUCAACACGGACCUGCUGCCUGGCGAGGAGAAGACAGUGAAGUGGGUCCUGACGUACUCGGACUAUCAGGACCAGCUGGUGGACCAGGCUGCUCUCAUGGUGACUGUGGCGGGUCGGGUCAGCCAGUCCGGUCAGGUUCUGGUCACUCAGCAUGCAUUCAGACUGCGGACUCCAGACCUGCAGAUCCAGCCUGAAGGCAGUGCUUUGGUGGGUCAGAAGAUGCAAGCCAAAAUCAUCUUCACCAACCCGCUGCCCAGAACACUGACGAGCGCAGUGAUCAGUGUGGAAGGGCCGGGCCUGCAGACCCCCAAGAGAAUCAACAUCGGCGAUGUGGCACGUCACUCUACAAUCACCCUGACAGAAACGUUUGUUCCUGCCAAAUCUGGUCCUCGCAAGCUCAUCGUCAACCUGCACUGCAGGCAGCUGACCCAGGUUCACGGUUUCGCAGAGGUCAUGGUUCAAGACGAGUGAAAAAAACGAACGAAACUUUGAAAGGUUUAGAGGUGUGUGUGAAGCUGUUUCCCAGGGUCUGCCAUUUUGUUUCCAGGUUUCUCUUUAGUUUAGACAGAAUGCUGAUUCUGCAUGAGCCAAGAUGGCAGCACUUUCUCUUAAUCAAUGCCUUUUUUCUUUCAAUUAAUCAAUCUUUUAUUUUUACAUAGUGCCUUUCAUAAAGAAUUGCCUCAAAGCACUAAACAGGUGAAAAGAAAUGAAAACAAAAACAUAUUUUUUAAGACAAAAUACAGAAAUGAAAAUACUUAAAAACAGUACAAACAAGUAAUAAAUACAUAAUAUUCAAAAUUUACCUGACAACAAAUGAUUCAAGAACGAUAAAAAUAAACAGCCAAUCAGAACUGUGCAGAACUCAGAAUCUGCCUAGUAACAAGGAAGGUGGCACCAGUAGCAAGGAGAUGCACAAAAAAAAUUAAAAUAAAACACAGUUUUAAUACUAUUGAAACAGCCGGAGUUAGUUUAAUUAGUCUGGAUAAUAGUUCUUUCACUAAAACACAGCUAUUUAAUGAACGCUGUAUACCAGUUUUGCCAUAAAACUAAAUAUUUUUCAACAUUUCAGACAGCUAGUUGUCUGGAAAAUAGGAGCCAUAAUAUAACGUUUUUUUUUUUUUUUAAUAAUCAGUAAAAAAUAUAUCUUUUCAUUUGAAUGAAUGUAAGGUUUACACAAAUAAAUGGCGAGAAAGUUGAAAUAUAUCAAUUUAAACUGCAGUUAAACUACCCACAGUAUUAAAAAGCAAUAAUUUACUGUUGAUGAAGGACAUUAUAAAUUCGUUUUUGUAUGUGUUUUCUAUGUAAUAUUAUGUAGAACUGUGAUCUGUUCAAAACAUUAUUUAAGAUGUGUAAUGUAUGAUUUAAUAUGUUUUUCAAUAAUAUUGUAUCUUUAUAUUUUUCAUAAAUUCUACUUGACAAAUUACCCAAACAAAAGUUGGAUAACUACUUCCUGUGCUGUAGGUCAAACUUAAUCCAGUAUCUCCAGCACAAUAGAAGGGUCCCCCUGGUAAUGUCACUGGUGCUAAUAAGAGGCAAAGCCUGAGUUUGCACUUCUUUAAAAGAGAUACAAUAUUUACAGCAAAUAGAUUGCUCAGAAAGGAGUUGCUCAAAAUGUAUUAUUGAUUUGUGGAAAAAAACAUUUUUUAAUUAUACAAGACUGUCUCUCUUUAUAAGACGAAUAGAAGUGAAUCUGUCCUGUCGACCCCCCUUUCCCUUAUAGUAUAAGACUAACUAAAUACAUUUUAUUUUUUAUUUUAUAAAAACAAAUGUAUUAAAGAAAGAGUAAUGUGGUACAUUUCUAAUAACUGACAUUACAUGUGCCAGUGGGGUAGGUAGUUUGGGUGCCAACAGCUGAAAAUAACAACCUUUGGAGAAUGUAGACAAACUGGACAGCAAGGUGCUGGCUACGAUGUGGAUGAACGUAGUAAACUAACACAGACACCAAGAAGGAACUAUAGUGUAGUGUCAAACUGAACGGGAUUGUGGGACUGUUUAACUACUUAUUAAUAAAAGCAAUUGGUCAA